GGGGGCGGGAAUUGGGCGGGAGCAGGGCGGUGAAGUCGAGGCUGCCGCUGUCAUGGACUCCUGGGUCCGCUUCAGUGCUCAGAGCCAGGCCCGGGAGCGUCUGUGUAGGGCUGCCCAGUAUGCUUGUUCCCUACUUGGCCAUGCGCUACAGAGACAUGGGGCCAGUCCUGAGUUACAGAAACAAAUUAGACAACUGGAAGGUCAUCUGAGCCUUGGAAGAAAGCUUCUACGUCUGGGUAACUCAGCAGAUGCUCUUGAGUCAGCCAAAAGAGCUGUACACCUGUCAGAUGUUGUCCUGAGAUUCUGCAUCACUGUCAGUCACCUCAAUCGAGCCUUGUACUUCGCCUGUGACAAUGUCCUGUGGGCUGGAAAGUCUGGACUAGCUCCCCGUGUGGAUCAGGAGAAAUGGGCCCAGCGUUCAUUCAGGUACUAUCUAUUUUCCCUCAUCAUGAAUUUGAGCCGUGAUGCUUAUGAGAUUCGCCUACUGAUGGAACAAGAAUCUUCAGCUUGUAGCCGGCGGCUGAAGGGUUCUGGAGGAGGAGUCCCAGGAGGAAUUGAAACUGGGGGACCUGGGGGUCCAGGGACUCCAGGAGGAAGCCUGCCCCAACUGGUUCUGAAGCUUCGGCUCCGAGUCCUGCUUCUGGCUCGGGUCCUUCGAGGUCAUCCCCCACUUCUGCUGGAUGUGGUCAGAAAUGCCUGUGAUCUCUUCAUUCCAUUGGACAAAUUAGGCCUCUGGCGCUGUGGCCCAGGGAUCGUGGGGCUUUGUGGCCUUGUGUCCUCCAUCUUAUCUAUUCUCACCCUAAUCUGUCCCUGGCUACGACUCAAACCCUGACAGUCUGGUACAGAUAAGGAGGGGACCUGAAUUGGUGAUUUGGAACCUUAGAUUGUCCCCCAUGUACCAGCCACAUUUUAAUUCUACUCCUUGGUUAAAGUUAAAAUCCAGAGAUUUAGGAGUGAAAGAGCUUUGGGGAACAUGAGGUGAGGAAAGGUAACUUGUGAAGUUGAUAGAAUGAUUCUAAUAACCAGAUAUGCCUGAGCUUUUUUUUUUCCUCUUUAAUUGUCUGUCUCUCUCUCGAUUCUUUACGUUCUCUUUCUUACAUCUAUUUAAGAUUCUGUCUGUAUGCAUUUCUCUUUUUUACGUUCUCCCUUUUCAGAAACUUAACAGAAUUUUUUUUUGAUAGGGGAGGUAUAAGGUUUGGUCUAUAAUGUUCGAACUGCCUUCAUCCUUUUUCUCACAGAAGUGGCUUUUGGCAUAUUUUUUCUUUCUUCAAAUUUUAAAUCAUAAUUUGUAAGCCUUUCUAUCCCAAGGGCCACUCCCCUCAUAUUUCUGCACCAUAGGUUGUUUGAUGCUUCCUCUUCUUCCCUCACAUCUACCUCACCAGCCUGCUUCAUGAUUUGGCCCUUAUCUGUACCCAUAUCUUCAGAUUUCUGUUUACACUUUGAUUUCAGAGCUUUGUCCCCUAGCCUUUUCUUACCCCUUCUUUGCCUAUCCAAAAUGAUGCUGUGUUCAGCAUCUUGCUGUAAAUAUUGUACAAUGAUUUUGUGUAAAUAGCUGGGAUCCAUGCCCAAAUGGAGAGCAAGCCUUCCAGGUCAGCAAAUUAAAGAUCAGUUUGUUCAUCGA